AUGAUGCCCUCGAAGUCCACCCCGGAGCUGAACCUGCCCCCGAGAGAGCCCAACCAGACCGCCUACGCGUACCUGCACGACCGAUCGGGCCGCCGAUCCGACCGAUCGGGCCCCCGAUUAGCGCCGACUGUCCCCGAACGGCCGACGAGAGAUGACGAUUCGCCGCCACCAGCGCCGCCCGUCCGAGAUUCCUCCAGCCUCAAGGCGGUCAAGUACGGUCCUGGACACGAGAAGUUUCCCUCGUGGCCUGUCGCUGCCGCAGCGGACACACCCCAGGCCUUACGAAACCAAAACAAUGGUGGUUCACAUAGAUCCAAAUCUUGGACAGACCAUACCAAUUAUCCUAAAGAGAAGGUAGUAUCUUAUACAAGACCUUACAUGAAGAGGCAACACUCUGCGCAUGCGCAACAGAAACUGAAAACUGUGAUGGAAAAGUGCGAAAAAAUCCCACCGGAAACCUUCGAAUCUCGUUACGACAAAGUUAACGAGAGAAUUUUCUUGCCAAAGGUGGACCACGAUGGUAAAACUCUAGGAGACAUGGACUACAUGGUGCCAUCUCCUCCUGAGAGGGAUAUUCCUGGUAAACCGCAACUCACCCAGUCUGACCUCGAGGAAUACGCUAGGUCUUACCAGGAACCCAAAUUUUGCGAAGAAGAUCUGAAACCGAACCACGGCCAUCUAACAGAAUCAGGUCUGGAGGAAUUCAUGGAGUACACGCGCAACUACGAAGACUCCCUCUUCAGCUCGAUCUCCUCGAAGCACGAAGGCAACAUGCUCACCCACCUCCACCAGAAGCAGACCUCCUACGCCCAGUCCGAGGGCUACCACAGCUACGUGUCGAGCACCGACUCCACAUCAACGCCCUUCCUGGACCGCCUGAGGAGGGACAGCGAGGCCGUGACCAGCCGACCAGCCUCCUCCGCCACCUGGGAGGACCUUGGCCCUGAGCAAGGCAGGGGCAGCUCGGGCAGCGCCUCCUCUAGCGAGACGCUCAAGUGGCACGGGUCCAUGAGCGACGUCUCCGUAACCUCACAUAGCAGUUCGCAUGUUGGAUCGCGGCAGCUGAUCGUGCACAGCGCGAGGGUGCAGACGCCUCAGAGGCACCAUUCGGAGAGUGUUUUGUACAUGAGCGGCGAGAAAGACCCGGGGACUUGGAGGGACAGAGAGAGCAGGAACAAUAAUGCGAACAAGCUGAAGCUGUUCGCGCUCAACACGUACACGGUGAAGGAGAGCGAGAAUCAAUCGAGCGGGAAUGGUUGUGCGUCCAGUAAUAACAGGUUAUCGCUGUCCCUCCAAUCCUCCCUCUCAGUAGCAGACAGAAUCAGUGAACUCGAACGGCAACAAAAAUACUCAUACCUCGACCCCGACAAAAAACACAAAAUCCCCGAUCCCACUCUCAAAGCCAUCCAAAAGAAAGCCCUCCUCUCCUUCUACGAAAGACACAACAACCCGACCAACAAGACCUCCUGGAGAUCAGAACCCCAACUAGCCCAAGCACCACUCACUGCCGUGCCCCAGCCUCCUCCUCCAGUCAAAGUACAAAUGCCUUCGAGAAGAGCUUCUUCCGCCUCAGACUACGCUUCCGGCACCAAUUCGAAGAGGAGCAGCCUAGCCUCCAGCCUGGAGUCGAAGACCACUGAGACCUCUAGCAAACCAAUCCCCAGGCACCAGCACAGCAAUUCUUGCGGCAGCUUGUCUGCAGACACGCUGGGGCCGAUGAUUGUCGGUCCCGCGAUCUCCGUGGAUGACUACGUCCCGGCUAGGCCUCCUAAGAACCCGCAUUUGCGUGCCGCGUUCCCGGAUUUGUUCCAGAGGGUGCCCAGUCCUGACCUGCCGCCACCUAGUCCGCCUACUGUGACUGAGGAUGAGGUGUUUAAUAGUGAUGAACCGCUGCCGCCGCCCCCGCCAGAGUGCGACAGCGGGUGGCGGGAGAGUUUGGGAGAGAGGUUGAAGGAGGGGGGUUCUGGGAACCAGGUGCCGGCGCCCCAGGUGCAGAAAGCUAAGGUGGAGGGAAAGUUGUUGCAGCAAACAGUUGGUCUCCCAGAGAACGAUUUCAGGCAUUCCAGCGUGCGCUCCUCCAUCCGAACCAAAUCAGUCGAGCAAAUAUUCCACCAAGUCAGCAGCAAACCCUACGUCUCCCCCAUGCAACCAGAGAAACCCGGCAGGCCCGACCAAGUCCUGGGAUUUCCCAGCCAGCGCGGCUACCAGGAGCGAUCCAGCACCAGGUACCCUAGCUCGCAGAAGCUGGUCCUGAACGGCAACGUCGCAGUGAGCCAGAAGGUCAGCGGGGUCUCGGAGGCGUAUCGGCCUGAGCCGCUCAAGAGGCAGCCCCCUGAUACCCACAGGGCCCAAAGGGCGUCUAUCGCCGAGAGCCCCGUCAAGGAAGUCCCACCACCGCUGCAGCCCAGGCAGAUGAGGGUCAACCAGUCGAUGAGGGCUAGGAUUUCGCAUGACCGAAAGGGUGGUAGCUCGAGGGGGUCGCCAGACAAAGAAGGGAUCAGGGAACAUCGAUCUUCAUCAAUGUGAGUACCUACUCAGAUUUCCUUUAUA